UUGGAAAAAUUAUUCAUUUGAUUUAGGAGCAGUGUCUAACACUGUCUAACGUUGUUCUACCCCUUAUGUGUGCUUCUUUUAUAUUGCAAUUAAACUAGACAUCAGAAAUUACGUUUUAAAGUCAUUAAAAAUUCGACCGUAAAUAAGGCCAUCCUCACCCGGAUGUGACGUUGAUCAAAACAACAAUGGGUCAUUUCUAUUGGUAGUUUGUGGAAAGUGACGACCUUCCCUUUACUGAGAGCCAAUGAAUCGGAGGAGAAGCCGUCGCAUUGGUGAUGGACAGGCUGACAGAUGAGGUCAGAUCCCACUCACAGAGGAGGGGUGCACCAUCAGAAGGACAAUGGAGACAAAGGGAUAAAGAGCAAUGGCAAGGUGAAAGGAAAGCACAAGUAAGACAGGUGGACGAGGAGGAGCAGAAACCCAGACAGCAUGAAGAGGACACGGUGCCAAAGGGGACCUGCCAAACGAUGUGCCCCGCUCAGGAGUUACGGGAUCGUGAGGCUCAGAACCGACUUCACCAUUUUGAAAUGUUACCGGGCACAGAGAAAGAUCGGCGGCCAAAAGGAGACCCAUCGCGUGCCGUUAAGGAGUAUUCCAGACCAGCAGCUGGGAAGGACUCAACAAAACCCAGUGACCUCAGACCACCUCCUGUGCUGCUGAAAACUGUUAACUACCUUAUUAAUGACAUUGCAGCCGCCCCGAGCCUGUAUCCAUGGACUGAGGUUUAUACCUUUGUCUUUGACCGUCUGCGUGCUGUGAAGCAGGACAUGAUCAUCCAGAGGAUGUCAGGAUUGGACUGCGUGGUCAUUUUAGAGCGGACCGUUCGUUUCCUCAUCUAUGCCUCUUAUCGUCUUUGUGGGGAGCCACUGCGGCUCUACGACCCACGUAUCAAUGAUACACACCUGCAAGAAUACCUCAGCUGGUUGCUGGAUUGCUACAUGACCAAAACAGGACCUCAUCCCAACCAAGAAGAGUUCCAGUCGCUCAGUUUGCUGUACAACUUGGGUUCAGCUCGCGCUAUGCAGCACACCAUGCAACUCCCACUGCGACUGCGCAGCACUCCAAACAUCAAACUCGCUCUUUCCAUCAACCAAGCUUUCCUCGAGAGAAACCCUGUACGUUUGCUUCGUUUGGCUCAAAAGCUAAACUUCCUGCAGACCUGCGCGCUGCACCGUCACCUGUUGACAUGUCGUCAAGAUCUGCUGCUCAUAUACAGCCAUGGAUACAGCAGCCGCAACUGUCGCUUUCCUCUUGACAGACUGGCUAAGCUCUUGUUCUUAGACGCAUCACUUACAGCUCAACUGUGCCGGUCAUAUGGAGUUGAGGUCAACAAGGACAAUCAAAUAGUAUUCUCCAAAGCUGCUUUCACGGAGCCAGGACAAGGAACACUGCACUGUAAACUGUAUCACAGCAUAGCAUCUGAGAAGCAGAGAGAUCUCACUGUUAAGAGUAUUGUUCAGAGCUGCGUUGAGACAAAUAAGAAGUAAACAAGCCAUACAGAUACCGCCAGGUAUUCUUGUAAAUGAUGAAAUUGACUGUUUAUUUGUUUUUAAGCAAUAUGGACUGUCACUGAGCUAAUGGCCACUAGUUACAUUAAGAUGUGAAUUACUUUUAUAUUACUACCAAUAUUUUGUGUUGAUGUUUCCCUUGAGUAUUUUUACAAGAACUGUAUGGAAAUUCAAAGGUGUAACUGUUUACUUAUUCUUAUAAAUUCAUAUUUUGGAAUCAUUUCAAUAAAUUUGGUUACAGUGGAAAUACAA